GGCCGGCGGGAGGGUCACGUGACCCCAGGCCGGCUCCGAUCACGUGGCCCCAGUACCGCUCCGAUCACGUGACCCCGGGCGCUUUGUUACACUGAGACCGGGCCCGGGGUUCCAUGAUGCUGAUGAUGAUGAUGGAUUACCGGCCUGGCUUUCCCGCAAUCGCUUCAGACGACGACGACGACGACGAGGAGGAGGAAGAGGAGGACGGACAGCGACAUAAACUCCUCCCCAACAUGGCGUGUCCGAGUCAGGUUUGCAUGAGUGGAGUAGAUGGUGUUUGUCACACGCAACAGGAAUUGGUGAAGAAAACAAUGGAAUGUGGCUGGAGGCUUGCUGAAGCUCAGCAGAGACUUUGUGAUUUGGAGCUGCACAAUUCUGAGUCUUUGGAACAAGAACGGGCCAAAGCGCAGGUUGAAUUCUGGGAGCUGAAGCAAAAAGAAGAUGAAUGGAGGCAAAAGGAGGAAGAGCUAACUUGGAAUGAGAGGCUAAGUUCAUGGAACAUUGAUACAGACAGUAGGGAAGGUUUUAAUAAGAGUGUGAUCAACAAAAAGUGUAAAGAAGCAGAGGAAGAUGGAAAAAAUGUAACUUUUGUACAGAGAUAUCACCAGCAGAUCAGGCACUUUGGCAUGUUGAAACGAUGGGUUGAUAGUCAGAGAUAUUUAUCGGAUCAUCCUCACCUCAUUUGUCAAGAUACUGCUAAUUAUCUAAUAAACUGGUGUUUUAAUUUGAAGAAGGAAGAGAAACAAGCACUGAUGGAACAAGUGGCACACCAGGCUGUUGUGAUGCAGUUCAUUAUAGAACUGGGCAGAAGUCUUCAGGAAGAUCCUCGUGGCUGCUUCAGACAAUUUUUUGAGAAAGCAAAAAUAGCUGAAGAAGGUUAUAUGGAAGCAUUUAACACUGAACUAGCAGAGUUUAUCCAACGGGUUCGUGAAUUUGCAGAAACCAAGACUGCGGAAACAGUAGCGAUACAUAAUGUGGCCCAGCAUUUGAAUCACCUGGAUGUUCGUGGUAUGCCCCCAAGGGAAGUGUUUGAAUCUUUACCACUGGAACUCAAGCAGUGUUUUCAGUUGCAAGAUGUUCACGUCCUUCAGAACAUGCUGAGCAACAUGGACCCACAGGUUGCUGAGCACUACUUGCAGCGCUGUAUAGAUGCAGGCUUAAGGAUCUAUAAUACUAAAGAAGCCAAAGAAGAAAGAAAUGAAGAACCUAAAAUGGACAUAUCUUAACUGUUUGUCAAUAACACUAUUAGUUGAUUGCAUAAAAAAAUUUCACGACAGUGGAAGAAAAGCCUGUUUUUGUAUGUAACCAUUGACUUGCCUGUGUGGAUGCUGCACUUUAUUUGGAAGGUUUGUUUAGAACAAAAAAAAAUUGUAUGAUUUUGAUGCAUUCUAAUCCUGGCUGUUUUGAAAAAGAAUUUGCUAAUCAACUUCUUCUGUCUUUUCCCCAUUAUACACAUUUCAAGAUAUCUUCUGGCUUAGUUUUGCUAAGAGUCACUCAAGAUUGCACAGUGUAUCUUGCUAGUGUGCAUAUUUUGUCCUUCUUUAUUAUUGUGGUGAUUAGAUGCAUACAGGUGUCUACAAGUUCCAGAAAACAAUGGUAGGCCAGUCAGAAAGAUUUACUCAAUUGCAAAUCAAGUUUUUUCACAAAUAAAAUGCAGAAAAGGGGCAUGUGGGCUGGUGCCUUUAACUUUCACCGUGCAGACAACUGUUUAAUAACAACAAUGGUAAGCAUGAAGCAGGUUUUCCCCACUCAGACUGACAUUGCCAGUAUUGAUAGGGUACCGUGGGAUGAGUUUCCUAUCUGAGAAACAACUAGAAGUUGACAAACUGUGUAGACUGAAACACAGUCUUUUUUUAAAAAUCAAAUCAAUAUUGCUAGGGAAUGGGAGAAAUGAUUUCUCUUUAGUAAGAAGUUCAAAGGACCCAAGCUCUCUCCAUUUCAAAAGAUACUGUUCGGUUGUUUUAAAAAAAACUCUUUUCAAUUGAUGACCGAGCGCUGAUCUAUUUCUUUAAGGAAUCUUGUUUGAGCAGGUGUACCAUUGACUAAUUCUUAAAAAGCUGACCAGAUAGUUGGUAUUGGUUUCAAAGUAUGUGCAAAGAACUAAUAGUGACUGUUUUGUACGCACGCAUUAUUUCAGCCUUAUUAAUGAAAACUGAAUGUAGACAGAAUAUGCAGAAGAGUGUAACUGUUUCAGUUAUUUUUAACUAUGACAGCAGCAGAGUUCCUUUACACCUGUAUAGUAGAAAAGUGCACAGUUCAUUGAAACAAAAUCUAUGUCACAUAAAGAAAUAAUAAAUCACAACGCAACAAAUCCUGGGACACAUGUUUGCAGAAAGUUGAUGAUGCAACGGAGUAAUUCAGCCGGUCUGUGCUGCCAUAGUAUUCUGACACAGCUGUCCAUCUUCCUCAGCGUAGGUCUAAAUUACUAGAGCACAGAAAUUUGAGUAACCAGUGAGAAAUUGGGAUGCACUGACUUGGCUUUUCAAUUAACGUGUUUUACAAAAUGAAACUUUUGGAGUAUGGUAGGGUUGGGUUUCUCAAAAGCGAAGUGAGGUCAAUGUUGGAGAUUUGAACUUAAAACAAAGUGGUGGAUCAACUUGGCAAGAGUGGAAGUAUAUGUGGAGCAAGAAGCCGUUAACACAGAGUUGAACAACACUUACAGGAACCAUUAGACUCAACGUUAACUCUGUUUCUCUCUCUGCAGACCCUGUUGGACCUGCUGAGUUACUCCAGCACUUUGUCUUAAUUUGUUUUUCAUUUUGUUACCCGUGAAAUUCUGUGUAGUUGGGAUAGGAGUCGAAGAUUUUACACAGGUUUUAGCAGACUUAUGCAACUUGACUGACUUAAAUUAUGCUCAGUCACGAAAAAUGAUAAUGCAGUUCAUGAACAAAUGUGUACAUGCUCUGAAGAACAACUGGAAAAAUUAAAUUUGAGUUGGAGUUCCAUGGUGGUAACAGGGCAACAUGAUAUGCGAUUAAAUGAAGACCCUGGUGCUUGAGUGCGAGUUUGAAAACAGUUCUAAAAAUCAGUUUUAUUGUGAACUACCAGCCAUCAAUUUUAUAGUGAGUUUCAAACAUUGACAAAAAAAAAUAGCGCAGAUGCUGCAAAUGAAAGAGAAACAUAAUACUGGGAAAUGCUCAGGUCAACUUGCAUUUAUUGAGAGAAAGUUAAUUUUUCAGGCUAAUGACCUUCCAUCAGAACUUAAUCUGGGUUAAUCCUUUACCAGUUUGAGGGUUUUCUCAAUCCUGCAUUAAGUCAGUCAGAACUACUGAUUACUGAACUGUUUGUGGCCAUUGAAUGCGAACACUUUCCAUAUCAAUCUCUACAAGUAAGCUGCACUUUUGAUGAGUAAGAGCGCUCACCAAAUUUUUCUACUAGUUUACUCUAUGUAGAUUUAAAUAAAACCUUGAUAGCAAUUGGUAUUAAAACAAGAAGCAUUUUUUUUAAUGAGCUCCCUUCACCCACCACUGGUAUUUCAAAUUUUGAAGGUUUCAAAUGAAUGAGAAAUGCUUUAGAUUGAUGAACUUAAUUUAAUGACAAUGAGAUCUUUUCAGAAAAUAUAUAAAUGGCUGUAAAUGCAGUUGAUUUACUUUGUUUUCUCAUCAAUGUAUUAUUUGGAAAUUAAUUCAGAAUGGUUUAUGAUUAAAUGUUUAAGGGAUGUAUCCAUAAUACAAAGGAAUGCUUUUUGGUUUGGUUUCAAAUUGCAGUUUUGCACAGUCACAAGUUUUGACUUGCUUAUAGACAAGUAUAAAUUGAAACAAGCAAAAUUUCAACCUUAAAUUGGUUCUAGUUGAAUGUCAAGUUUACUUUAAUUACAGUAGUUGUAAUUAAAUGGCUGCAUUUUACAUUUUCAGUAAUAGUCUAAUCCUUUCUGUAUACAAUGGCUGCGUUCAUUUAGGGAGUAAAAUACUGUACAUGGAAACACCUAAUUUAUUAAAUAACACCUUCAGGAAUCUUUUUUAA